GUUUUUACUGGAAAGAGAUGAUAAAAACACAGCUUGUGUGUAAAUAAAAAGAGGCACUGACUCUUGACCUGAAGCAGCAGCAGCAGUGUCAUCUGAAGUAUAUUGUCUCUCUUCUCAAAUUAAGAAAAAUUAUGAGUCUUCCAGUUUUGUUUUUGCUCAUUGUGGAAACAGCUUCUGCUAGUAUAAUUAAUUUGGCUCUUACCGGAGAAGCGACCCAGAUUGACACAUACAAUGAGCUCGGGGCUGCUUCUAAUGCCAUUGAUGGCAGCCGCAAUUCUAUCUACUAUGAUAACUCAUGCACCCACACAUUCACCACCACUAACCCCUGGUGGAGAGUGGACCUGAAAAACCCACACUUUGUUACCUCCAUCACCGUCACAAACAGAGGAGACUGCUGCCCUGAGAGACUGGACGGUGCUGAGAUCCGUGUGGGCAACUCCUUGGACAAUAAUGGGAACAACAAUAAACUAGUGGCUACGAUUUCCCACAUCGGACAAGGCAGUUCUGAAAAUUUUAUUGUAUGUCCACCUACUGAAGGACGUUAUGUCAAUGUAUUUCUACCAGGAACUGACAAGUAUUUGACCCUCUGUGAAGUGGAGGUCUACGGGGAGGCAGAUGCCAAUGCUAAUUUGGCUCUUACCGGUGCAGCGACCCAGAUUGACACAUACAAUGAGCUCGGAGCUGCUUCCAAUGCCAUUGAUGGUAACCGCAAUUCUAUCUACUAUGAUAACUCAUGCUCCCACACAGCCACCACCACUGACCCCUGGUGGAGAGUGGACCUGAAAAACCCACACUUUGUUACCUCCAUCACCAUCACAAACAGAGGAGACUGCUGCCCUGAGAGACUGGACGGUGCUGAGAUCCGUGUGGGCAACUCCUUGGACAAUAAUGGGAACAACAAUAAACUAGUGGCUACGAUUUCCCACAUCAGACAAGGCGGUUCUGAAAAUUUUAUUGUAUGUCCACCUACUGAAGGACGUUAUGUCAAUGUAUUUCUACCAGGAACUGACAAGUAUUUGACCCUCUGUGAAGUGGAGGUCUACGGGGAGGCAAAUGCUAAAGUUAAUUUGGCUCUUACCGGAGAAGCGACCCAGAUUGACACAUACAAUGAGCUCGGAGCUGCUUCCAAUGCCAUUGAUGGUAACCACAAUUCUAUCUACGAUCAUAACUCAUGCUCCCACACAGCCACCACCACUGACCCCUGGUGGAGAGUGGACCUGCAGGAGUCGUACACAGUUACCUCCAUCACCAUCACAAACAGAAAAGACUGCUGCCCUGAGAGACUGGACGGUGCUGAGAUCCGUGUGGGCAACUCCUUGGACAAUAAUGGGAACAACAAUAAACUAGUGGCUACGAUUUCCCACAUCGGACAAGGCAGUUCUGAAAAAUUUAUUGUAUGUCCACCUACUGAAGGACGUUAUGUCAAUGUAUUUCUACCAGGAACUAACAAGUAUUUGACCCUCUGUGAAGUGGAGGUCUACGGGGAGGCAGAUGCUAAAGUUAAUUUGGCUCUUACCGGAGAAGCGACCCAGAUUGACACAUACAAUGAGCUCGGAGCUGCUUCCAAUGCCAUUGAUGGUAACCGCAAUUCUAUCUACGAUCAUAAGUCAUGCUCCCACACAGCCACCACCACUAACCCCUGGUGGAGAGUGGACCUGAAAGACCCAUACUUUGUUACCUCCAUCAUCAUCACAAACAGAAAAGACUGCUGCCCUGAGAGACUGGACGGUGCUGAGAUCCGUGUGGGCAACUCCUUGGACAAUAAUGGGAACAGCAAUAAACUAGUGGCUACAGUUUCACACAUCCCAGCAGGCCGCUCUAAAACCUUCAUACUGGAUGGAGCUGUGGAGGGGCAGUAUGUGAACGUGCUCAUCCCAGGGACAGACAAGUAUUUGACCCUCUGUGAAGUGGAGGUCUAUGGAUACCAGAAAAAAUAUGCACCACCUGAAGAAGCAGGUGAACGACCUGUUUGAGAGGAGCAUAUGUGAGCUGAUCAUUCCAACAAACUGAAUCAAAGACACCUUCUUAAUCGAGAUUGGUAUUUUAAUCAUUACUAAUACACUUGGGUCAAUCCUCUGUCAGUACAAACAUGCAGUUUGGAGCAGAGCUCAGACUUUUGAGGAAGAAAUUGGACAGCGUUUUGUGUUUGUGGUAAUGCCACUGAUUAAAAGUUUGCAUCAUUUAUAAGAUAAAAAUUAUGAUUGAUUAAUGUGAGAAAAAUAAAACUGUGAUUAUUUUUUUCUUUUAAUGUGUAAUCAUGUGGAGUCUGCAUUAAAGAGCUUAUAUUACUAUUAUUA